CCGACUACUUUGCCCACAGGCGUCCUAGGCUCCUAGCAGCGGCACCAAGCUCAUUCCCCCGACUGUCCCCAAUGCGCAGUCCGCGAGGCCUCCUCGCCGCCUCCGGCUACCUUGCGGGCCGCCAUGCUCCGUCGACCUCCGUAUCCACCACUGGCCACCACUCCCUAUUCGCCCGCACCUUCCAAAUCCUAGCCCAGUCGGAGCCCGUCCGCCUCCAGAAGCUCCCGGCACCCAACUCCGGGAUCUUAGAGCUGAGGCUGGACCGGCCGGAGGUCAAGAACGCCAUUAAUUGGGAUUUGAUGAGGAGGCUGCGGAGCGCCAUAGAGAAGAUUCAGACCGACACGACGGCGAAGGUCGUCCUUGUUGCGAGCUCCGUGCCGGGGGCUUUCUGUGCAGGCGCCGAUCUCAAGGAAAGGAGGCUAAUGAAAUCUUCUGACGUUGGGGAGUAUGCUAGAUCCUUGAGAUCUACAUUUUCGUCUUUUGAGGCACUCCCUAUUCCAACAAUUGCUGUCAUUGAAGGAGCUGCCCUUGGUGGUGGGCUAGAACUGGCUUUGGCAUGCGACCUCCGAAUAUGCGGGGAAUAUGCAGAACUUGGACUGCCAGAAACAGGCCUUGCUAUUAUACCUGGAGCUGGAGGUACACAACGCCUUCCAAGGAUCGUAGGGAGAUCCAGAGCAAAGGAACUGAUAUUCACUGGCCGCAAAUGUGGCGCAGCUGAAGCUGUAAUGAUGGGAUUAGCAAACUAUUGUGUUCCAGCAGGAGAGGCUUACCAGAAGGCUCUUGACAUUGCCUGUGAGAUAACUCAGAAGGGUCCCUUGGGGAUAAGGAUGGCAAAGAAGGCUAUCAAUGAGGGGACAGAGGUGGCCGACAUGUCCUCAGCGCUGGCUAUCGAAGGGGAGUGCUACGAGCAGCUGCUGCACACGCAGGAUCGCCUUGAGGCCCUGGCUGCAUUCGCCGAGAAGAGGAAGCCUGUGUACACAGGAAAGUAGUAUCAGAAACAGAAUGGAUGGUAAUCGUCCUGAGAGUCUGCUACAACUACAAGGAGUGACUUGAGCGAGCCGUGUUUUAAGGAAUGGGUGUGCACUGGGCCUUGGAAUCGGUACAGAAGAGUGAAGAGACCCAACAGGCAAUGUUUUCAGCUCAGACAGGCCGGGCUGCAUGGGCUGGGAUAACACGGUUCGCGUCACGCUAAAGCCCGCGCCUGCGCCUGCGCGGUGGUUGGACCGGGUGGUCAGCUAGCGGUUCCUGCUAGUGCUAGGACGGCACGGCGCUGCUGCUCCGGUUUUCCGCAACGAGGGCAGGGGAAUUUUUUUUAUUUUUAGCCUAAAUUUAAAACAUAUUUCAAAUUUGAUCCGCUUUUGAAAGUAUUUUCAAAACUAGGCCGUUUGGACCCGCCACCAUGUAUGGCGUGGCAAAUGCACAGAACCCCGCCAUGCAUGGCGGCGGGUACUACUGCU